UCUCAUCAGUCUUUAUCUAUGGUUCAAAGCGUUUAAUUGAAGUUUAAAGACGCUGUCACCGCAAGCAUGUGUUUAUUUACAUGUACUCAAAGUUUACUUUAUUAAUAUCAGUUUCUGUUAGUAAAUAAUGCCUUAAACGCAUCGCAAUCGUGGUUCUGCCGCCCUAAACCAAUUGUGAAAUCAGAAAAGUGGCUCAUUAUGGAGUACGACAAGCAGAUAAAUACUUUAGUGUCAGCUUAGUAACGCCAGAUGGUUUCUUGCAGGCUACUUAAAAGCACAUUGCAAAAGCGCCUACAAAGUGUUCUUGAAGAGUCAACAUGUGAGCCCACGGCACAUGAGCCAUUGGGUGGCCGGCCAAACUUUGGAGGUGAUCUUAAAGAACUACUCCCGUAUUCAGGAUAUUGUACAUGGAUGUUUGGAGGACACGGACUACUGCAAGGAAAAGGGAGUUGAGGGCUGUUCUCCUUAUUAUUUACCUGAACAGCUGCUGUACUUACUAGAAAGAGAUCGGCCUGCAACGCCUGCAUCUACCAUUGCCACGUUAGAUGAACGGUCGCCUGAACCUCCCCAAGUGGAGUCUCGUCCUGACGGGGAAGAAGUCUCCGAUAACCCGAGCGAGGUUGAAGCAACGCCGACUCAUCUGCUGCCCGGGAAUAUUUCGUCAAUCAUGACCGAGAAGCUGCUACAAAAGACGGAUUUCCACGAAAAGCUGGCGCACAACAUAAACAGCGCCCUUAACGUGCCCGAACUGACCAGUCUGUCGGAAAAGUGCGAUAACGACAUUGAGUUGGAAAACUCCAUAAAAAAAGCCCUGAAUCGGACGGAGGCUGACCCAAUAUUCCACAGUUUGCUCGAGGAUCUUCUAGGUCCAGUUAGCAACCAAUUAGAGCGUGCUGAAAGUCCCAAAGCAACAGAACCAACCCCAGAGCAGCAGCCAGUUUCAAAAGAACAAAUCCCCAAUGGGAACGAACAACCCAACCAGGUGCGGCAGCAGGAGCCGGUCAACGUUCAGACAACCGGCCUGUACGUGAUUCCUUCGCAACCAAUCGCCCAGGCCGCCAAUCAACAGUACUACAUAGUAAAUCAGCCGAUUCUAAUACAGCAACCCAACCCCCAGGCGCUGCUGCAGCAGUUCCAAAUCCCCAAUCAGUUACCAAGUGUGGACACUUCGCAGAAAAGUUGCGGCAAGUUUAGCGAGCAGGACAUUAUGUCGAUGCCCACGAUAUUCGUCAACGACAGGAACGAGCUUACCUAUUCUGAUCAACAAAGCACCAGCACGCCAACCGAAGUACGCAAUGCUAAGGAAUACUUGAACGCAUUCGGGGCCGGCAACCACAGCCCCAUUUUGAGUAAGGGGCGACCGCGAAGAAAACCUCCGAAACCGAGGGCUGCAAUGUCGGACUGUGUUGGAACCAUCCAGCCCAAGCCCAGUUUCGUCUUUGAAGUGCUGCGCGCAGAGGUGCCUGUGCAGACCUGCACUGUAGGUGACGUUGUAGAUGUGGAACCAGUCUCCAAAGAAGUCAGGAACUUGGCUCCGAUCUGCACACCCUCUCCUCUCGUUGUUGCCUCUACGAAGAAUCCUACUCCCAAGAGCGGGUCCCAUGUCAGGAGCCUCCAGUUUCCUUCACCGGUGCGGAAGACAGAUAUUCAACUGUCGGUCGGCAAGCAGAAGGCGUCCAAGGAACUGUUUAAGGGGAGCGGGAAGAAGCUGUCAACGCCGCAGCGGAAGAAGAAGUGGGCUUGGGACGCUUCUUUGAGGAACAACAUUAUGAUCCCUGAAAGUCCGCCGCGCGUUAAAAAGCCGCAGAAACGAUCCCGGCCAGUAAAACUGGAUGUGUCGGACACCGAUGGGAAGACGCUGGAGGAGGCGUUGCGCUCACCGCCUAGACUGGACCAUCCCGAGCCCAAGCCGCAAACACCGGGUUUGGACAUCAAGAAAAUCGUGUCACCUUCCGUCCUAUGCAAUACGGCCAGCAAACGGAACAUGGAGGUAGAUGGGGCGGCAGCUCCCAAACCCCCCAUCCUCAGUGCACGCAAGAACAUCAACAGCCUACUGGAAACCCCCGCCAAGAAGGACAAAACCCCUGUGGGCUUCAGCACCACCCCACUCACCCCCAUGUUAAAGGCCAACUUGAAGGGCAUCAUAGUGGGCGACACCUUUUCCAUCGACACCCCCGAUUUCCCCAUCACUCCAGGCAUGUCCCUGAUGGAUCAUCCCUCCAACUCUGCCUACUGCAUUCUGAAGGAAUCCGAAGCCGAUAAGGCCACGCAGGCGGGCGUUUUGGAGGAGGAGAAAAAGUCGAGCGUGAGGAAAACUGACGACAGCGAUGGACCGUUCAGCCCGAAAGUCUACGGCACCAAGGAGACUCUGGAUGCGUUCAACCGCAACCAGACAGGGAAGAAGAACUUGGAGUUGCUGGAUAAGGACGGUGUCCAGUGGGAGACCAAGAGCGACCUUAGCGAGGAUGACCAAAACAAGACGGUUAUUUGCAACCCCCCGAAGGCUCACAGCGGGAGGGCGGCUCGGAUUACCAGAAGUGCGACCGGCAAAAGCUUGGCUGCCCUCAAAUGUCAAAUGCUCCAGGAGGAACGCAAGGAGAAUUCAGAGGCUCAAUCAAAGAAGGAGCCGCAAGCCCUCAGCAGCGACAGCGAAGAAUCCGGCAAUGUGGACAGGAGCAGGAGCAAAUCAAAGAAAAAACCCGCUAGGAAAAAGGAGAGUGACAAAAAAAGCAAAGUGCCAAAACCCAAAAAGGCGCCCCCCUCCAAGGCUAGAUCAAGAAAGUCUUCAAAGAGCCCUCAAGCUGUGCCGAAGCCCCCAGUUAGCGGCCCGGACACUUCAAGCGCUGCGGAAGCAAAGCCUCAGAACAAUCCGGAAUGUUCAUACGACGCUGAUUGCUCUAGUGGAAAAGGGCAGCUGGAAGGCCCCGAAAACUCCGAAGAAACAGCAGCCAAUUCUGGCAAGUUCGAGCCAUUCCACUUGGGAAGUAGUAUCCUGACCCCGCUCGCUUUAGCUAGCGGCCCGGUCGCUCCCAGCUUGAAGGAAGAAGUCGAAGAGAAGCGAAAACGGAUGAUCGAGCUGGACAAAAGGGACGUCCGAAAGCUCUCGAAGACGCCAUCGAGGCGAGGAUCAGCCAGAUACAAGCCGGAUGUGAGGCACAAGCGAAAGGGGUCGGUGCCGAUGAGGCUGAUGUCGAACGGGACUGAAGAACAGCUCUUCCAGGCUGUUUCUCAAGAUGAAUUCUUUGAGAAGAUUGGUUCGAAUCUGCAUAGAACAAACAGAAGCUCGCACAGCGAGGGUGGAUCUGAAGAGUCCAAUCAGUCGAAGAAAGCUUUUAAAAUAGGAAACGAGGCAGCUGAUGAAUACCAGUGGGAUCGAUGUACGGUUCAGCUACAAUCGAAAGAAAAAUUGGUAGUUUUUGACGAAGCAACUGGCCCUCAGCGCUCCCGGGAAGAAUAUGACUGGAACCUGGAAAACAAGGGAUUUGUGGUCAGCAUCCCCUUGGAAGGCGAACGGGAGCAACCAGUUAAAAUUACCAUAACGACAGCUAGAACUCUAUGGGAGAUACCGGGCCUAGAAAUGUCCUCUGGAGGAGGCAGCGAUCCAGAGGAUUCAAAGACGUCCAGAAAGAGAAAACAGCGCUCGGACAGCUGCAGCUCCAACGGGCAGGCGAAGAAGAUCAAGCCCGCCCUGCACCCAAGUUUCCUCAACGAGCAGAACAUUGAAAUGGUGCUGACUAAACUACACGGCCCCAAUUACAAGACUUCGUAACCGUACCUUGUAUGUAAAGUUGCCAAUAAAGGUGGUUGUAAUUGUU